AUGUCAGAAAUUAUUAGAUAUUGCAAAGGUAUUUUACAACGUGGUGUCCUCGAAUCAUGCAAAACUUUAUAUUACACUGGAGAACUUAAAUAUGGUACUCUUGUUGGUGUAGAUAAAUUCGGUAACAAAUAUUAUGAAAAUAAAGAAGAAAUCUUUGGUAGACACAGAUGGGUCGAAUAUGGUGAUUACAAAAACCCAGAUCCAACUACCAUUCCACCAGAAUGGCAUUCAUAUAUUCACUUUAUUUCCGAUAGACCAGGUUCAGAGAUGCUUUCAUUUGCUCCAACUUAUAAGAGACCACAUAUUGCAAAUCCAACAGGUACUGAUGGUGCUUACACUCCACCAAAUUUCUUAUUCAAUAUCGAAAAAUCAAAAGAAGAAUUAGAAAAAGAACAAAAAGAAAAGAAAUAA